ACAUGAGGCGAGACCAUACACCGUGACGCCGAAGGAACACCAAGCUCUACAAGGAUGGAAUUUUCCAAGCUUCCUAAGCUUGGUGACAUGGAGCAGGAAAGCAUGUUGGGAUUUGUCCAUGGCGUGUCUGGACCAGUGGUUACAGCAGCGCAGAUGGCAGGCGCGGCCAUGUACGAGCUAGUGCGUGUGGGUCACUCCGAGCUUGUGGGGGAGAUUAUCCGCCUGGAGGGGGACUUGGCCACGAUUCAGGUGUACGAGGAGACCUCUGGGGUAUCUGUGGGAGACCCUGUCCUGAGGACUGGAAAACCUCUGUCAGUGGAGCUUGGUCCUGGGAUUAUGGGGAACAUCUUUGAUGGGAUCCAACGACCACUAAAAGAUAUUGCUGAUCUCACAAAAAGUAUCUACAUCCCUCGCGGAAUUAAUGUGAAUGCUUUGUCCCGCGAUAUUAAAUGGGAGUUUAUUCCUGAUAAAAACAUCAGGGCUGGGAGUCACGUUACCGGAGGUGAUAUUUAUGGAAUUGUCCCUGAGAACUCCCUCAUCAAACAAAAGAUCAUGGUUCCUCCCCGUAGCCGUGGCACGGUGACAUACAUUGCACCAGCAGGGAACUACGACGUUUCGGAUGUGGUCAUGGAAUUAGACUUCGAAGGCAUCAAGGAAAAGCUGACCAUGCUUCAAGUCUGGCCAGUCCGUCAGAUUCGUCCAACAGCAGAAAAACUCCCGGCAAACAACCCACUGCUGACUGGACAGAGAGUCCUGGAUGCCCUCUUUCCGUGUGUUCAAGGUGGAACCACUGCAAUCCCUGGUGCCUUUGGCUGUGGGAAGACCGUUAUUUCUCAAGCUCUUUCCAAAUACUCCAACAGUGAUGUCAUUGUCUACGUGGGCUGUGGAGAGCGAGGCAAUGAAAUGUCUGAGGUGCUGAGAGAUUUCCCUGAGCUUACCAUGGAAGUAGAUGGGAAAACAGAGUCAAUCAUGAAAAGGACGACCUUGGUGGCCAACACAUCAAACAUGCCGGUGGCUGCCCGAGAGGCAUCAAUCUAUACAGGGAUCACCCUUUCAGAGUAUUUUCGAGACAUGGGAUACAAUGUCAGUAUGAUGGCCGACUCCACAUCUCGAUGGGCAGAAGCCCUAAGGGAAAUAUCUGGACGUCUGGCCGAAAUGCCAGCUGACAGCGGCUAUCCUGCCUACCUUGGUGCUAGGUUGGCUUCUUUCUAUGAGCGUGCAGGACGAGUCAGAUGUCUUGGGAGUCCAGGCAGAGAAGGAAGUGUCAGCAUUGUUGGAGCAGUAUCUCCACCAGGAGGCGACUUCUCAGACCCGGUCACAUCCGCCACUCUUGGCAUAGUACAGGUGUUCUGGGGUCUGGACAAGAAACUGGCACAGAGGAAGCAUUUCCCCUCUGUCAACUGGCUCAUCAGCUACAGCAAGUACAUGAGGGCCCUGGAUGAAUACUAUGAGAGUAACUUCCCUGAACUCGUGCCUCUCAGGACCAAGGCCAAGGAAAUUCUGCAAGAGGAAGAGGACCUGGCGGAGAUUGUUCAGCUAGUGGGGAAGGGUUCCCUGGCAGAAGCUGAUAAGAUCACGUUGGAAGUUGCAAAACUGAUAAAGGAUGACUUCCUCCAGCAGAACGGAUACUCCGCCUAUGACAGGUACUGUCCCUUCUACAAGACAGUGGGAAUGCUACAGAAUAUGAUUGCCUUCUAUGACAUGGCCCGACACGCAGUGGAGGCCACAGCACAGGCAGAAAAUAAGAUCACUUGGGCCAUCAUUCGUGAGAACCUUGGAGAUAUUCUGUACAAACUCAGCUCUAUGAAGUUCAAGGAUCCGGCCAAGGAUGGAGAAGCCAAGAUCAAAGCUGACUACAUCCAGCUGAACGAGGAGAUGCAGACGGCGUUCCGCAGCCUGGAGGACUGAGAUGGACGUGGCAUAGCUGUGAACACACCAUGUUAUUAGAAGCAGCAUUACCUGAUAUAAAGGAGGACAUUGCUUCUCACAGUCCACUCUAUACAUACACAGACCUCAAACAUUGCAGAAGAGGGCACCGGAUGGAUAGCCUCAUCUUUUCCCAGGACUCUACAGAACAUGAUACUCACCUGGAGACCUCACACUUGUGUAUGGCUCCACUGGAGAAGAUCCCUGCUAAUGGCUGUGUUAUAUGAUGUACAUGUGUAUGACAAAGAGGGUGAAGGCUCAGGACAGGACACUGUGUCCUCACCAUCUCUGAAUGUAGUCACUGGAUGGACUGCAAAACAAUUAGGAAAUGAUGACGAAUAAAAGUGCCAGGGCUCAGA